AUGGCCACUGCCGGUGGUGAGGAGCUUGCAACUGGUGGCUACCACAGCAAGGCGGCGGAGCCAGUUCUUCCAGCCAAGCUGCCCAGCUUCGUGCCGGAGGGCGUGUUGCCAGCUGCAGAGCGCAAACCACAUCUCAUGGUGAGGACGUUCUUCGACCGCCUCCAACGCGGAAUGUCGACCCAGUUCACCAAGAAGCUAUUCUCGGUGGUUCGGUGCCUGGAAACAGCUGUGGCAGCGGUGGAUAGUAGUUUCAAGUCUCCUCUGCAGAAUCCUGCUCCCAGGACGUGGGGAGAUUAUGCGCACAAGAGGAUCCCAACAUGUUCGAAGCUUGCAUCGCUGGAACACUGGUAUGAAGCCCUGAGAAUGCUUGUGACAUCUUGGGAAGAAGCGGAAGAUGCUGCCGUAGCAUAUUUGCAAAUGGUGGGGGAAAGGGAGCCCGCAGCAGGCCUCUGGCCACCAGUGGCCGAAGCAACUCUGGCGCAGUUCUGGCACGAGGCAGUGGAGUGCUUCCCGCGCUUCGAGCACUUAAAGGAUACCUUGCUGUAUGAGCAUGCCACCCUUUCGCGAACGCAUGGCUCGUUCCGUGGGAUUCUCUUCGUGCAGCAGCGGAUCAUGACACACGUCCUGGAGCAUGUCAUCCUAACCGACGGCGAGCUUGUGAGCAAGUUCAAGCCGGCGUGCAUCUAUGCCACUUCGUCACCCGCCACGGCCUCCUACAGGGCGGACUCCAAAGCCCGCCUGGCCCAGUUCGCAGAUGGAAGUGUGAACCUGCUCAUUGCAACGGUGGUCGCCGAGGAGGGCAUGGAUGUUCCGGCAGCCAACUGCGUCAUCCGCUUUGACCCCAUGAUCAGCUCGGUGUCCUUUGUGCAGGGCCGGGGUCGUGCACGCCAAGAGGACUCCUCUUUCGUUGUGCUUUCUGAGCGCCCUGACCGACCAACCUCAUCCCUGGCCGCGGUGGAAGCACAACAGCUGGAGAUCGUACGCAGCUUCAACCCUGAACGUGUCGCCACCGACACCCGCAAUGAGACGGCGGCGCAGCGCUCGCGAGAGCGGAACGCUAGAGAAGUGAUGCUGACGUCCGACAAUGCGUCGACCAACGCCCUUGCAGCGCUAAAUCUGUAUUGCAAGAAGACCAAGGUUGAAUUGCAGGAGGAGCACAGUACGGAUGGCAAGGACUUCACGUGCAGCUUGAAGUAUGAGUCGGUCUUGCGGUCUGUUGAGGCGACAGGCUCCUAUGGUCUCAAAUGUCGGGCAGCUGAAGGCAAGAAACAAGCCAAGCGAGCUGCAGCCGCCGCGCUCUUAGAGAAAUUGAGCCAGCAGGAGCCGUGA